ACCCAGCCUCCUGCUACGUAUCGUAAACAGUAGCCACUGACACGGCAGAGACGGCGUUCAAACGUCAUCUUUCGCAUUGCAGGCUGGGAGGAGCAAUUGCCGUGUUAGGAAAUCCCUGCCGGGUUGGAGAAUUUCUUUUUUUUUUUUAAUGCGAGGUCGGUGGCGGCUGCCGGUAAGUGUGGCACGACAUUAAGCCUAUAUAGUUAUAACUUCCCAUACCGGGGUGUACGAGUUCUGCUGUGAUUGUGUGCGUCAUUUCCUCUGCCUAAGCGAUUAUAACCCCAGAAAUUAGCUUGACGGUCACAAAGGACGUUCUUGGUGGAACGCAGAGUUACUGCGCAUGCGUCAUGUGACAGCACGCACUGCACUUGGUUUUUGAUCCGUUUUAAUAAAAUGUAGUUUCCCCCCUCUCAUGUGCGUUAACUAAGCUGUGUGAUUACACUGUAUUAGAUUCCUAACUGUUUCCCUUUUUUUUUGUGACGAGCUGACUGUUUGAGUCAAAGACAAAACAGAGUCUAUAUAAAUUGAGACAUGGAUGCAAAAUACGGUCUCAGGUCAAUUAUUCUCAUUGUGUAACACCACGGUGGAGGAGAGGGUGGUGGGUGGUCGCUCCCAUUGGAGAGUUAGGGAAGAAUGGGGAUUUACGAGAGGGGUGUCACUCCAGGAGGUAGGGUAACAUGAUAUUUAGAAUAUAAACAAGGCUGAAAAUUUCCUCACUAGCCAUUGGCCUGUGAAAAUGUUUCCCUGGCGAGUGCCAUGGACGUUCCAAGCUUGCAGUGAUGUGCAAAUUUUAAAGCCUGGCUUGUAGCUUGAACCUGCCAUUUUAACCUCGUAAGGACACAUGACGUGUGACAUAUCAUGAUUCCCUUUUAUUCCAGAAGUUUGGUCCUUAAGGAGUUAAGCCCUUUAGAAAUGUUAUAGGCACAAUAUAUGGAAAUCAAGAGUUAGUUAUUUAGAGUAUGUGGAUAAUUGCAUGUUAAGUUGCAUGUUGAUUUGCUUAUUUUGAUGUAAUGGUAGUACUAUUUCCCAGUUUAGUAGACUAAUAAAGUGUUUAUCUCCUGUAAAAGCCUGAGUUUGACAAUAGGUGGUGCUCCGCUUGCAACAUUUGUCCAAUCUCAGCAGCUGUCACUAGGUUAAUGACAUAUGGAUGUGGGAUUCAGGCUCUGUCUAUGGAGGAUCCGUGGUUUUGGGGAAUUCUUCGUAGACCUCAGUAUUAUACUCUCGCGCAUGCACUGAAUCGCCUGAAGUCAAAGAAGAAUGCAACAUGAAGAUGGUGGUGCCUGCGCAGGACAACCUUAAAUAAAUGAAAGUGGUCUUACACUGGAACUAGAUCGGUUCUGUCCGAUGUUGGGGUAUUUGUGAAAUAUGCAAGGAACCCCCUGAAAGUGACAGAUUCGCUUUAGUAAACUAGAUAUGUUGUACUGCAGAUAUCACUCUCGCAUUGAUGGAGUGUAGGUAGUUCAUAAAUGAUCAGGAUUAUUGUGUUUUUAUAAUUUUAUUAGUUGGAUUGGAUUGUAGCCGUAUUAGUCUGGUGAUGUAGAUGUAAAAAAACAGAUACAAUUUGUAUCUUUAUCUGUUUUUUUUUGUUUUGUUUUUGUGUGUGUGUGUGUGUAUAUAUCUACCUCUUCCUUAUCAAGGAAGAUUAUAUAUGUGUGUAUGUAUAUACACUGUUAUUUACGAUUGUGUGAAUUCUUGGAAAAUUUGGAGAAGUUUACAAAAUUGGCUACUUCAGCUUAGAAUUUGAAAUUUACAGAGCAUAGCCUGGAAUUCAAAGUGAAUUCAAAGGUUAGGCCAAAAUAGUAGAUUUAGAAAAAAAAUUCCAAGUCAAUUUAGUUCAGUUUGGCUAUUUUGACCUUCCAUUUGACAUUCACUUUGAAUUCACAGCAAUUUUCAUUUUUGUGAUUAACCCUAUUCAAGUUCAUGUCUGUUCACAUGUUAGAAUCUGCAUCUAGAGUUAAACAAGGUAUUUAAUAAAAGUGAAUAAUGGUAAUUAAUAUUUUGUCUAUAAUACUAUUCUUAUGGUAUUACUGGAAAACCAGUUAAGUAAGGAUGAUAUCAUAGUACCUCCCAGAACUCCUUUGUAAUACUAGACCUGUGUCAGAAAUGCAGCUGCUCCCUCGCGCUGUCUAAUGAUGUCGGGAGCCGGAGUAUGAUGUCAUUCUGGCCCCGGCAUCAUUACAGAGCGCUAGGCAGAAGAGCUGCAAACGGAGUACUGCUCCUUCGCACACAGGAAGAGAGAACCCCCACUGGACCCCAGGAAAGACCCACUCAGCUCUCCCAAAGGUAGGGAGGCUGAGUGGGUUUCAAUUAAAACAAAAAUGUGUUCUGUCAAGAGUGUGUGCCUGUCAGAGGGUGUGUGUGUUUGUGAGAGCCUGUCUGUUUGUGCAUGCAAGCCAGAGCCUGUCAACAGUUUGUGUGUGCGAGCCUGUUGUCAGCAUGAGUGUGUGUGAGAGCCUGUCAGUGUGUGUGUGCACGUUUAGGUACCUGCCCCCUCCGAUCGCAUGAGGAACAUGUUUUUACUCACCUUUCUUCCCAUUUUCCCACGCCGUGCCAGUUUCGCUAUGGCCGAGAUAAGUCUUUAUGAUCUCUGCUAAGGCAAUGCUUUCCCUUAGAAAAGCAUUGGGAGGAUUUUGUGCAUGCGCAGCAAAUGUACCAAUCUGCAUCUCCUCAUAGAGAUACAUUACAUUAAUCAAUCAAUCUCUAUGAGGAACAUUCAGCGCCUCCAUGCAGAGCUUGGAGACACUGAACCUGGGUGCUGCACGUGGUGCAGCAGUGACCCAGGAUUCUCUAGUGGCCAUCUGAGUGACUGUCACUAGAGGUGUUACUAAGCAGCAAUAUAAACUCUGCCGUUUCGCGUAAAAGGCAAUGUUUACACUGAAACACCUACAGGGACAGGCUAUAGACACCAGAACAACUACAUCAAGCUGUAGAGGUUCUGGUGACUAUAGUGUCCCUUUAAGAAAUGCACUUUCUUGUUGAAAAUGACUGGCUCAUAACUUUUUUAGCUGGCUCCUAUAUUCCGACACACUGAUCCACCGCUCUGGAAAGGAAAGGGGUUAAAAGUUACCUUUCCAGCUACCAAAAGCGGGAGCCUCCCAUCCUCCUCUUCUUCCCUCCCUUCAAUGGUUGAAUGCGCGCACGCUACGCAAGAGCUACGUACCAUUCAGCCGGUCACAUAGGAAAGCAUUUACAAUGCUUUCCUAUGGAUGCUGGCGCGCUCUCACUGUGAAAAUCACAGUGAGAAGCACGCAAGCGCCUCUAGUGGUUGUCAAUGAGACAGCCACUAGAGGGAAUAGGGGAAGGCUUAACCCAUUGAUAAACAUAGCAGUUUCUCUGAAACUGCUAUUAACCCCUUAAGGACUGGACUGUUUUUGCGAUGUUGUACAUUUGCGACCAGGCAUAUUUUUACACUUUUGUGGUGUUUGUGUUUGGCUGUAAUUUUCCGCUUUCUCAUUUACUGCUCCCAUACAAAUUAUAUAUUGUUUUUUUCAGGACAAAAGGGGCUUUCUUUACAUACCAUUAUUUAUAUAAUCUCAUGUAUUUUAAUUUAAAAAAAAUAAAAAAAUCUGAUGAAAAAUUGAAAAAAAUACAUGUUUUUUGACUUUUACUUGAAAAAUCUUUUACUCAUCUACAAAGGCGAAUGAAAAAAACUGCUAAAUAGAUUCAAAAUUUUGUCCUGAGUUUAAAAAUACCUAGUGUUUACAUGCUUUUUUGCUUUUUUUUGCAUGUUAUAGGGCUAUAGGUACAAGUAGGAUAUUGCGGUUUCAAAACAUACAUUUUUAAAAUUUAUCAAUAAUGACAUUGUAACACUAUUAUCUGUCAUAAAUCUCGCUGAAUGUAACACCCCACAUGCAGUUAUUGUUUUUUAGUAGAUUAACCCAGGGUAUCAUUACAAAAAAGUGUCCAGUCUUUUUUAGUAGCUACUAGUCGCGAAACGGGUCAAAGUGUGUAUUCAUAUUUGUUUGUGCGUGAAAAGUAAAAAACUAAAUUGAACGCUUAAUUUUUGGCCAGUGUUUGUGACCGCGGUUACUACAAAAAGACUGGACAUACCCCAUUUGCAAAUACCUUGGGUUGUGUUCUUUUGCAAAUGGUAUGCCAUCAUGGGGUAAUUCUCAUUCCUGGGCUACCAUACGCUUCCUCAAAGGCAACGUGAAUCUCAACCCGGGCUUUCAUUUUCGUAAAAAUAUAUUUGACCCAUAUAUUUUAACCUGUAACGCUCAAAAUGUUGAGAAGUCUCCGUACUACUGAUUUAACACGUAAAUAUAGUGUUUAAAAUUGAAAACGUAUCACAACAAUUAUAAUAUCAGUAAAAAGCUGUUUGCAGCGCGAAAAAAUGCAAAAAAAGUAACUUUCACUGACAAUAUCAUCGCUGUGAUAUAUUUUACUGUUUUGAAUCACUAAUAUUUGUGUUCAGCGAAGUCUCCCGAGUAAAACAGUACCCCCCAUGUACAGGUUUUAGGGUGUCGUAGAACGUUACAGGGUAAAAUACAGUGCUAGCAAAUUAAAUUUUCUGGAAUUUCGGCCUGGGUUGGCAGGCAGGUCCCUCAAAUUGCAAUCAAUAAAAUUACUGAAUUAUGUAAAAAUAUUACAUAAAUACGGACGUAGAAUUUAAAUAUAUAUGCAUAUUUAUAUAUUUGAAGUCUACGUGUAUAUUUAUAUAAUUAUGUAAUUUUGUAUAUGGACAGAUGUAUAUUUUGUAUUAUUUUUAUUUAUUUAUACAUACAUAGAUAUAUAUACAAAUUCAUUCUAAGUGUAUUUGAUAUAAAUAUAUAUAUAUUAAUUUUAAAAUACAGUUAGAAUAAAAUUUCAUAUAGCUAUAUAAUUUUUUUUAAAUUUUUUAUUAUUAUUUUAAAAAAAAUUAUUUAAUUUAAAUUACUUAUUAUUUAUAUUUUAUAAUAAUAUAUAUAUACAAUAUAUAUAGUUAUUAUAUAUAUUAUAUAUAUACGUGUGUAAUUUAAUUAUAAGUGUAUUUUUAUAUUAAUAUAAGUACAUAUUAAUAUAAAAAUACACUUAGUAUGGUAUUAUAUAUAUGAUAUAUAGACAUAUAUUAUAUAGAUAUAAUAUAUGUCUAUAUAUCAUAUUUAUACAUAUAUAAUUAUUAUUAUUUUUUUUAUUACCAUUAACUUUAAUUUUUUUUUUGAUUUUACAGUUGCAGGGAGACUGCCUGUCAGCACAGACAGUCCCCCUGCAGGCAGACACAUGGACACCUAUUGUGACCAUGUGAUCGCUGUGUUAAGCGAUCACAUGGCCACAGGGGUCCUAAUCUGCCGUGGGGAGACUGUCUGGGCUGCAGGCAGUCUCCCCACAACCGGAGGAACACUGAUCGCCGCCGGGGGAACGACGGUUUGGACGGUUCAGGACCGUCAUCGGUCGGCAAGGCAAAAAUGCCGAUGACGGUCCUGAACCGUCCUCGGUCCUUAAGGGGUUAAAAUUGCUGGACAGGUUGUUUGUAAGACCGGCCUCGAAACCUUGUUUAGCCACAUAUGCAAUGCAGGUGAGUCUGGAUUCAUCAAGUCCGUCUCCAUAUCUAUCAGGUGUCAACUAUAUUACAGGAAAAUAUUGAGCUAACUACUUUUUUUUUUUUGGGGGGGUGUGUUUUAUUUAAAAUAUAAAUGUAGAGGAUUGUUGGUAUGACUUCUUAAAUGAAUGCAAUGGAUUAUGCAAUUUUGAUUGUAUACAGUGCUUAUUCCUCAAUAUUAAAUAAAGAUUUACAAAAAAAAACAAUUUUCUCACAAAUAUAAUAGCACCCCCAUGUACUGAUUUUUUUUUUUUGGUGUAGUCAUAGGGCCAUAAAUGACAUGCCUAUUUCAAUCUUGUAAAUGUGAGUUAUUUUCUGGGCCUAUGUUGCUUUUGAGUGAACGUGGCUAAUAAAGAAAACUACCUCUAUAAUGGCAUACUAUUUUAGCAAGUAUUCUAAAUGUAGUAUUUUGAGAUGUUGGUGUAGCCACGUUAUAGUGGCUGGGCUUAACAUAAACAGGUCAAGGUCGGGUGGCUUCAGAAGAUAGAGUAGUUUGGUAUAACAAAUAAAUAAAUACGUUGGUACAUCGUUUCGGUGUUCAGUUCCCUUACCUGCAUUUAAAAAGGGGAUUUUACUCCCCCUUUUCCAGCAUUUCUUCAUAGAGCUGGAUUGAUUUUAAUGCAUCUCAAUGGGGACCGUUAAGUGCCUCCAUGCUGAUGCGUGGAGAUGCCGAAUGUCAGUGCUGCUCUGAAAAGGCAGUGUUUACAUUAAAAAGUCUCCAGGGACAGACUAUAGAUACCAGAAAAACUACAUUAAGCUUUAGUUGUUUUGGUGACUAUAGUGUCCCUUUAACUGUGGAGUGGUCCUUUUAAUAGUGGCAGCUGAACUACCAGCUGCCCAAGACUUUAACCUCCACUAAUCUUGGUUAAAGGGACAAUAUUACUGUUUGGGCAGCAUUAAUGCGUACAUUUCCUUGCGCUGCCCUAACAGUAAUAUUGUCCCUUCAAUUAAAACCGUUCACCAGAACUCCAACCCUAGCACACAAACCAUAACAACAAAUCUUAAAGAUAAAUAAUAGUAAAGAGUGCAUAGAUGAAAAUCUAGAGCCCCUCAGUAACACAUAAUACAUGUUUCACAAUUCUGUAUCCUUUCUAUAAAUAACUUCAGCCAGUAAAUAUAUGCAUAAUGGAAUGUUUGGACGGCUUUAAUAUCUGUUUCUUUCCCCCCAUUUCUGCAGAAGUCAAGAGGAUGUUAAGUGCACGUCUGAUUUAUAAUGCUGCCAAGCAAUCAGGUUGGUGUCACUGCUGUAUUGAUGUGGGGUCUACAUGACACAACUCGCUUUGCUGAUUUUACCACAGCCACUGCUCCUCCCCUGGCUGAAAUCAUAACUACUUUUCUCUCCGCUAACACAUUGGUUCCCAGUAGAGCAGAAUAAGGAUGAGGCAUGCACGUGCAAGGCAUUCGCGUAGUUCGUCAGUUUAAAAUGCUCUUGAAGCACCAAAACUGCUACAAAAUAAUGUGGUUGUACUAGGGCAAAUAGACUGUUUGUGCAGUCUCAGCAAUUCAAACACUGCUUACAUUGCUUUCUAAGGCUACCUGUCUGAGUGACAGCCCCUAAAGGUGCUCCCUAAAACGGUCCUGCAAUCACCAUCUGCAUGAAGAUGCCAAAUUCUCUCUAUAGAAAUUCACUAAGCUAACACAUGCACACUAGCCUCCCAAUUUUUCACCAUGGGGAAGCAUUAAUUUGGCUGAGAUAAUUUGUAAUGACCAACAUGGAGGACAAAAGGCAAGUAAAUCUUAUUUCUUUAACCCCUUCAGGAUGUUCCAUGCCAUCCUCCACAGAGUUUGCUUUAAUGACAUUACAACCAUCCAUAUGGAACAGCCUAACAUUUUGGUGUGAGCAUGGUUUAACUGAAAUGUAGUGGCCACGGUGUCUGGAAUCUGUGUCUGCAGGUUAUCACUUUGAAACGCUCCGCAUACAGAAAUUACCCUUUGCUAAUGUGCAUUAUGUUUCAGUAAAGCAGUUUUUUAUUUAUAAAACAAAUUUUACACAAUAGCGUGCAAAACACACAAAGUGUGGGGGUGGUAGCAGAAGUAACAGUGCAACUCCACAGUGUUUUAAAACCACUUAAAAAACACAGAUAACAUACAAGUAAAAAAUAGAGAUAGAGGAGUGCAAAUACAAAUGUAUAUGGUAUACUUAGAGACACUGGUCAGUCCUUCAGAUGUAACCUAUAUACAAAAAGAUCCAAACAUAGCAUAAUACUGUUUUUCCAAAUAAUAUAGUAAAUAAAUGUGGAUUUUUCACUCACACUUUGCAGAGCCACGUAUAGUAGGCUCUGACUAUAGUUGCUCUUUGAUAAUUCCCUGGUGUGUUGAACUCCACCACGCCUUCAGAAUUCUCCACUUGGAUCAGGAUACAGGAGAUAUAAAAAUUCCAAAACAGAGUGGGGAUACUUUUUCAAAAUUUAAUAAUAUACAGGGACAUAUAUAAAGUGCAUAAAACAAAAUAGCAGCACUUAGUGUUAUUUUUUUAUGCACUUUAUAGAUGUCUUUGUACAUUUAGUGCUGCUAUUUUGUUUUAUGCACUUUAUAUAUGAAGGACUGACCAGUGUCUCUAAGUAUACCAUAUACAUUUGUAUUUGCACUCCUCUAUCUCUAGUUUUUUAUUUAUAUAUAUAUUUUUUUUCUUUUUUGUUGUUGUUGGAAUAACCCUUUAAAUUCCUGCACACAGCAGGGAGACCUAAGUAUCAAUCCAUACCUAGUCAUCUGUGGGCAAAUUUAGUGUCCCCAGACUGACAGAUGAGCUGUCUAUCUCUGACCAUGUCUUUCUGCAUGCCUACCUGCUGACUGUGCUCUCCACUGAGCGUUGCCAGCUACCCACCACCUUUCUUUGUGUAAUUGGCAGGGCAGCAUGCUGGAGCUGCAGCAUGAGCGGGAGAACUCCAUCUCUGCAAUCACACAGGAGAGUGUGCUUUUCGAGAUGCUCUGUACUGUGUGAGACACGAAAUUCUCUGCUGAAUUCGGCAUAGGGAAUUCCUUUUGAGGUAGGGUUAAGGUUAUUGUUAGUGUAGGUUAAGGACAAAAUCCUAUUUAAAAAAAAAAAAAAAAAAAAUUGUUUUAUUUUUUUUCUUCCCUGAUAUAAAGUGAUAUUAUUCCAUUAGCAAUAACAUUACAUCAAAGUUUACAUUUUUUUCCCCCCCACAAUUAAUACCAUGACCACUUCAGUUUUUAAAAGCCGAAAGCAGUGACCUUGUGAGCCUGGUGGGGACCCAGGUAAGUGGGCAAACCAUUGCUAAACGAUUUGCCCCAUAACUGGUACCUGGGCCCAGUACUCCUGGCAUGUAGUAAUCCUUUAUACAAUAUAGAAUAUACACUGAAUUAUACAUUAACACAAUGCAUUAAUUGAACAUACAAUUUAAUAAUAAUUUCUGACUACAGCUGCUAAAGUUUUACUACAUCUUGGAAAACUGGAAGUAAACUUCACUACGUUAUUGACUCAAAGUGUUUAUUAUGGUUGUCUGAUAACCUUUGUUGAGCCGAUAUCUAUCUCUCUCUUUGUUGAGCCGAUAUAGAUAUCUACCUAUAUCUAUCUCAAUUUAAUAAGCUAAAAAAGUUAAAUGAUUCAUACUGUUAGAAAAACUUUCCUAAUGAUUUAUCUACAAAUAUAUGCAUAAACUUUAAUGUUGACUCAGGGGUGGAUCCAGAGCCUAAUCUCGGGAGGGGCACUGGUAGUUGGCAGUAGUGAGGUGAUAGGGGCUGUAAUGGGGAAACAGCAGCUGUAAUUGAGGAAUUAGGGGCUAGGAGCUCUAUUGGGGGACAGAGGCUGUAGUGGGGGAUAGGGACUGUGGUGGGAGGGUUAGGGACUGUAAAUGGGGGGUUAGGAAAUGUAGUAGGGGGACAGUGGUUGUAAUGGGGGGAAUGGAUGCAAUUGGGGAUAUGGGCUGAAAUUGGGUGAGAGGGGCUGUAGUGGGGGGUUGCAAUUGUAGUAAGGGAAUAGGGGUUGUAGUGAGGUGAUAUGGGCUGAAGUUGGGAUGAAUGGGGCUGCAGGGUGGGUGGAUAUGGGCUGCAUAUAGGGGGUAGGGACUGUAGUGUGGGAUAGGGGCUGCAGUGAGGAGUAAGGGACUGUGGUAGAAGGGUUAGGGACAGUAGUAAAAGUGUAAGGGGCUGUCGUGGGGUAAUGGGAGUGUAGUGGGGGGGGGUAGGAGCUGUAUUACGGAAUUAGGAACUGUAGUGGGGGAUAGGAGCUACAUUUGGAAGGUAGGGACUGUAGUAAGGAAUAAAAGCUACAUUUGUAGGGUAGGGACUGUAGUGGGGAUAGAAGCUACAUUUGGAGAGUAUGGACUGUAAUGGGGGUAGGGGGUGCCAUAGGGGAUAAAAGCAGCAGUGGGAAUAGGGGCUGCUGUUUGGUUAAAAGGGCUGUAGUAAAGGGCUUAGGGCUGUAGUAAAGGGCUUAGGGCUGUAGGGCAUAGGGACUGCAGUAAAAUGUAAGGGGCUGGAGUAAAGGGCUUUAGUUGGGGGUGUUAGGGAUUUUAGUAGAGGAGGUUAGGGUCUGUAGUAAGGGCUUUAGUAGCGGGUUAGGGGCAGGAGUAAGGGGUUAGGGGCUUUAAUCUGGGUUUAGGGAUGUAGUAAGGGGCUUUAGUAAGCAAGGUUAUGGGCUGUAGUGGGGGUUAAGGGUGUAGUAAGGAGUAAAGGGAAUUAGGUGUGUUAGGGACUGUAUUGGGGUGGUUAGGAGUGUAGUAAGGGGCAUUACAAGGGGUGUUAGGGGCUUUAGUUUGGGAGGUUAGGGGCUCUAGUGGAUGGUAAGGGGGUGAAUUUGGGCAUAGGGGCUGCACUUGGGAGGCUGAAGGAAAAAAAAAAAGUGUAUUCCCCCCUCCCUGAGGCUUACCUUGGGUAAGGGAGGGGGGGAAUCCUGUUCCCUGUUGGUCCAGUGGGAGAUGUGCUGCUCUACAGACAGACAGUUCCUUCCAGCAGCCGCUGAGGUAAGGAUCUGUGCGGGGAUGGGGCCUAUACAGGGGGCGGAGACUGGGGCUGCCGAUGUAAAAGCAGCAAAGCAGGACAAUCGAAAGCCCUCUCAUCGUGCUGCACGUCUAUCUGGGGGCAAUUGCCCCGUUGCCCCCACCUGGAUUCGCCACUGUGUUGACUUAUGUAGAUAAAUCAUUAGUUUUUCUAACAGUAUUGAAUCAUUUGGAAAGUUUAUUGUAGAACUCUAUAAAUAUGAACUUAUGACAGGGAGGGUGAAAAGGAGGAGUUAGUCAGGGUUUCCAAGUGUGUCUAUAAACAUAAUGGAAUAUGAUACAAACCUAUUAUUUUUGUGCUUACAUUAGCGUCGUACUCAUUUGUCUUGGUUGCUAAGCAGGCUGUAAGUGUCCAAAAGAAAUAAUGAAUACAAACAAAUGGAUAUUUUUAGCAUUAUUUAUUUUUCUUUUAAUAUUUUUACACUACAUACAAAUGUUUGAACAUUGUUUCAAAAUGUCAUACUAUAUAUUACACACAUACAUAAUACAUUUUUCCUAUAGUAGAGCGACAGGAUACAUUGGUUAUGUAAUCUUCUGUAGAAAAACUUUAUAACGUUAAUAUCUCCCCUGAUCCCUUAAAUACCUCCACAAUUCUGGGAACGGUCAGUUCCUAGUUGCCCUGCAUGUGGGACGAGCAGGUAAAGAAGGUCAUCUUCGAGGUGGUGCAGUAUGGGUUGCUGAAGGAGAGGAAAGGCUGCAGGACUGAUUGGUUGGCAAUAACACGCUGUUUCAGUCCAACUGGGUGUUGGAUUAGGUUACAGAAUGGAUGUACCAUUUAUUUGUUAUGCACGUUAGUGGGGCGUCCCAAUUCAGCAAGCGCUAACCCAGGUACAUGGCCUGCUCACAGAGGAUGGAAUGGAUGCUCAGGAAAUGUUUGCAUUCCACAGCUUCUUUUGUUGUGCUAUGGUGCUUGCGUAUGCAGAGAGACACUCUAGGCUCCAAAUUUAAAAGGUAGUAUCAUAUUAAAGUGCUGUUUUUAGUUCUAGUUACAUAGGCUGAAAAGAGAGCUGUUUCCACCAUCUCUCCGACACAUUCUGAGGUCUCUAAAGAUGAGCUUAAGUUCUUUUAAAAACUCGAAUAAUCAGAUUUCUUGUUUGUGAUUUACAUUUUCAGAUGUCUAGUUCUGUAGCUACAGAUAAAAGUGAUAAGAGUAGCACUCCUCCUGCAGAGCAGUUAAUAACAACUCCCAAAUCUAAGCAUAUGCCAUGUGCAGAAUAAGUUCCUUCUUAUGAUGGUUUCAGUUAAAUCUACAGAAAACCUUUACUGAGAUAAAAGAAACAGUGUUACAAAAAAACUUGAUUGCUGUGCCAAGGGAAAAAAAGACAUGGUUUCCGUCUCCUUUAGAUUUAUCUUCAGGAGAGUGCUUUAUAGGCACAGAUUCCUCAAAACCAUCAUGAAUCUGACAUGAAAACCAUAUUUUCUAGUAGCACAAAUUAAUAAAUUAAGUUUGCAGAUCUAUGGAGGGGUCAGGAUAAAGGACAAGAAAGGAUAAGGUUUCUAAUUCAUUGAUAAGUUCAAGGGGAAAAAAUAGCAUUUAUUUAAAAAAAGUUUAAACUCCUGUUUAAAUAGAAGAAUUGGAAGUGUUACCCAAUUGCCCAACUAACCAGGAAAAGCAUUGGAGAAUUGGCAGGUCUAAAAGACCCGAUGAAUAAGAGAGUGGAAACAUCUUGCAGGAAAAUUUCAGUCUGCAGCAUACUAGAGCACGGCUCUUUUUACUGGAGCCACAGUUAAUGAAGCAUUAAGCUCCAGGAAAUGUAAGAUUGCCUUGCCAGGGAUUCAGCAGUUGAUCCAUUAAGGAUAUUAAGAAAACCUAAGACUGGCCAAUGAAUUUGUUGCAGAAAUUACAAUAGAAUCAAUCAAGUUGUCAGCUAGAAAUAUCAAACUUUUAUGCUAUAGAGCAAGGAGUUCAUGGCUACAUUAGAGCUAAAGGAUGUACAUGUACCAAUGGGCAGAUGUUCAAGUGGAUACAUCAGAUUUGCAAAGCAAAAUAAGUUAACAUUUCCAGUUCAGGGCUCUGCCGUUCGGCUCCAAGAAUUUUCACAAAAAUUCUCACCCCUAUAGCAGAUGUAAGAAAGCAGGGAGUUGUGUAGGUUCCUUACACAAAUGAUUUGUUUGGUUUUUUUUUGGGGGGGGGUUUUAAAAGCAAGAAAAGACUUGCAAGUAAACAUUCAAAUAACUCUAAACUGCGUGCUUAAAUUAUGUAUAACACAGAAUCUUCAAAUGUUGUUCUGCAGAUAAUAAAAUAAAACAGUGCAGAUCAUCUGGUUUAAACUUGUAAAUAAAAUAUAAAGCGCAGUGAAUGUCAGCGAUUAAUCCAUAUUUACAGGAGCCUAAACACCUCAGGCUCUGGAUUUAAAAAGUACAGUUUAUUUUACGUCUUUAUAAAUUGCUGGUAAGACCACACCUUGAAUAUGCUGUGCAAUUUUAAGCACCUGUUUUAAAGAAGGAUAUCAUGGCACUAGAAAAAGUGGAGCAUUUUAGUUACGAAGAAAGGUAAAAAAAAAAUCUCUUUUUAGUUUGGAAAAACGGCGCGUCAGAGAGGAUAUAACAUUAUACUCACUCCCCUCACCGUCAACCCCCCGACGCCGUCAAUUCCUCCCCCCCCACCAUCAAAUCCCACUGUCAACUCCUCACCAUCAACUCCUUCCUCCUCCCUUCUCACCAUCAACUCUCUCCCCUGCUGAAAAAUGUCAAUGUCUGAAGAAAUUUGCUGGGACAAUGUUCUCUAUAUUUGGGCUUACAUAUAUUUGCGAGCAAAGUGGUUUUUUUUUUUUUUCUUGCAUGAAGAUCAACAAGAGUAAAUAUAGAUGCUCUUUGACAGACAUUAACUUGCAGGCUGUGAUGAGAAUCUCAACAAGCAACCUCACUCCUGAUUUCAAAAAAAUUGUAGAAAAGUGUGAUAGGGUACAUUUGUCUCAUUAAACUGAUCCUAAAAUUAAAUGUGCUUGCAGCAAUAGAUGAUAUGAAAUUAGCACAAUAAAUAAAUUGAAUAAAACUACCACUAUUUUAUUUAAUUUAUAUUUUUUUAAUUUUUAUGAUACAAUUUAUACCUGAAAUGCAAAGUUAACGAAUGAAUGCAAUCAUUUUAAAAGGUGCGGCCCUCUGCUCCCACGAAGUGGCCCCCGAGCCAAAACAAUUGCCCACCCCUGAUCUAAGGCAAAGAAAAGGUUUUCUUACAGUAAGAGCAGUAAGGAUAUGGAAUUCUCUGAAGAGGUGGUUUGAACAAUAUCCAAAUCUUUAUUACAAUAAAAAAGGUUAAAAACUCUUACUUAAAUUGUGGUGGGUAUUGCCUGCAAGUUACCCACAACUGAGCCUGAAAAGCAAGCAGAUAGCGAUUUUUUUUUUUUAAAUUUAUUUUUAUUUUUUUAAUUUUUUUAUUUUUUUUUAUUUUUUUGUGGUUAACCUCCGUGUUCCGAAGUUCAUCCAAUCACGGCCUGCCUCUCAGUGACACACUUCGCACUCCACCUCCUCCCCCACCUUUUAUAUGGAGCUUUUACAUUCUCCCUGCAAAGUGUCGGGACGCUGAAUGUCAGGAGAGUGAUUAACCUUAUAACGUUUUUCUAUAGGAGUUUAUCUGUCCACAUAGGAUAAUGAUAACCCAUGUGUACUGUCACUAAUUUACAGUAAGUAGAAACUUCUUUAUUCUUGCUUUUUUUUUUAUUUUUUUCAGGUUCCUUCUAUUAUAAGGUGCCAGCUAGACCGAUCAGCCUUACGCCUCAAUUGCUCUCAUUUAGUAAGUAAUCUAUGUUUGUAAGUCGGACAUAGAAAACCUACAUUUUUACUUUAUUAUCAUGAGAAGCAUUUAUAUAAUGUUACAGACUGUUGGGAUGAUUAGCUUUUUCCAAACAUGGUCAGUAUGCUGCCGGUUUGUCUGCCUCAUGGAGACUUUUUUUUUUUUGGUCAUUCAUAGCCCUACUCUCAGCAUAAACAUUAUUUGCCAUAGCAAGGGUUUUGCUAUGUGGCAUUUUGUUACAAUGGUUAGUGUGCAUAUGCUGGUCUUCAUCUGGGCAGAAGGUGUCUAUAUAUGUUGUGCAUGUGUGCGUCCUUACAGGGGUGUGUUUGUAGGGGGGUAGAGAGAGUGAGUGUGUGUGUGUGUGUGUGUAUGUAUGUGUGUGAAUAUAUAUAUAUAAUUAGUGUGAAGGGUAUUGUGUUGAAUACAUCCAGAACCCCAAGAUGGAAUAGUUUUUCUAUAAUUCACUGUUUCCUGAUAUAUGUGUGUGUGUGUAUAAUUUUUUUUUUAUUUUUUCUGCACAGACCUCUCUCACUACUUCUGGCCAGAUGUCUGUAAGCUCCUCCAGCUGCAUCGCCCCACUCACGCAUAGAUAUAGUGACACAUAUAGAAGAAUAACACGCAAACAGACCGACACAGUGUUUGUUGAAUUAAUUUAUGGCUUUCAUCUAUAAAGUGCCAACAAAUUUUGCGGCACUGUAUAAUAUACACAGAUGAACACAAAAAUUAACAAGCGCCCAGCUCGUGCGCUGCGAUAUUGCCAUUGAAGCUGUUUUAUACAAAGUGCUUAGUUGGCCUGUGAGCUUAUAAUCUACAGGGUGUGAUGGGGAUUUGAGACCAGAGAUAUCGAAGAAUUUAAAAGUGAUAGCAAAAGGAAGUGAAAAGUGUUGCAACUACUGGUAAAAUAUAAAGGGAAUGAGGAGAUAAUAAAGUAAGAUCUCAAACAUCUAGAGGAGCAUGCUAUAAAUGUAACAGGAAACUGGGUGGGUGCCUAAAGAAAAUAGAUUCAGUAUUGCAUGGAUCUUGGUGUGUGAAGUGAGGACCGAAGUUUGCAAGGUUGUUGCCUGGAGUCUAGCAAGUGGGAGAGGGAGGGUUUGUGACAUAAGCCUCGUCUCCUAAAUUCACCAGCCCCAGAAUGUUGUGAGGUUCGACUAAGCUUUUGGAGGCAGAGAUGCAGUUUAAGAGACGUGAGGGCCCUGUGUAUGUACUGCAUGAGGAAAUGGGAUUAAAGGAAGAAAUUCCCAAGUAGGCCUGAAAAGUCAAGUACAAUUUUGGGACUGGCUUUGGGAGUGGUAACAUUGUUCUAUAAACAGGCUUCAUGCUGUCUUUUUUUUUUUUUUUUCUAAUUUGGGGGUUCUAACCUGUGCGAUUCUUAUUUUUUCAGUUUGACUGCUUACUCCGAGGUCACCAGGAAACUGCUGGCACUAUAACCACCACAUCGCUGUAAUGGUUAUGGUGCAUGGAGUGUUCCUUUUUUAAGGUUUUCUUUAUAAGUUUAUUUAACACAUUGGGGGAAUUCUGGAAACAGAAUGCAAAAUAAUAGUGUAUAGCUGUAUAUGAGAAGUGAUGGAAAUGUUAUAUUCCAAUUGGUCAUUCACACUUGAUUUAUGAAAAUAAUGUCUUUAAGAAAAAUCCCGUUGAAUGGAUUGAUCUUCUGAUGUCCAGACCAAUAUACACUCUCAGUGGUAAGAUGCCAUCAACUCAGAGAGAAGAAAUUGCAAAAUUAAAAUGCAAAUAAAAAGUGUACCUUUAAAACACUUCCCCCAGGGACCAUUCACAUGCUGGUAGGAUCAAACAAUAAAUACACAACCCCCUUCCCUCGAGUGUCCUUAUAAACCUAUUGAAACCCGGAAAACCUAGAGAAUUGAAGCUAACAUUCAACUGGAGGAUGAAGGAGUCAAUGGGACACAGUCUUCUUCUUCUUCCACUGGUGACUUUUGUGAACUACACUUUCUGUUUUUAACUUUCAUGUAAGUUAAUAAAUGGGUUUAAAGCUACACUUUUUAUUUGCAUUUCAAUUUUGCAAUUUCUUCUUUCUGAGUUGAUGGCAGGCAUCCAAUUUACACAGAGGCUAUGUUGUCUUGCAUUCUGUCUCUUUAACAGAGUUAUCCCUAUUUGUUGUAGAUACUUGUUUUGGAAGACAACAUGAAGUCUUUAAGGCACUAUCUCAUACAUUAUUCUAACAUUUUCACUGUGAUUGUUUUUUGUAUAUAUUUUCUGUUUAAGCUUGUCAGUUUUCAAAAAAUACCCUAAAUAAUAGUAAUAAUACUAGAAAAGCUACAAUUUCUGGGGAAAUUGUGUGAAGUGUUCUUGCCUCCACCAGUAGUCUACAACUGGAGUGGGCGGAGUAACUGUUAUUUAUUUAUAUAGCACAUUUAAUUGCAACGUUGUUGCCCAAAGUGCUUCACAGUUACAUUAAAACAUACAUUUAUAAAAAACAUUAGCAGGUGUACAAAAGGUGUAUGACAUCACUUGCUGCUCCAGCCUGGCAUAGGUCAGAGUAUUUUGGCGGUUGCCACCUUCAAACGGUCGUAUUUUAAAAACUAUACAUCCUACAGCGACGAGCUUUAUAUUGUGAGAAUCACAAGACCCAGACCUACAUUUUAGAUGCAUAGUAUGUCUCUGAAGUAUUUAAAAAUGAAGGCACAGUCGCAGUUUAGAAAUUGCCCUUCAAAUUUAAGCUGGCUGGAGUGGAGUUUCAAUGAAUGUCAAUGGACGGCGUGAGUUGCAAACAAAUGGUCAUAUUGUGAAAACUAUCAGGACUAUGGCUUAGCCGUGGACAUCAGGGAUAGCUGAACAUUUGAUAUAAGAGUUGUGUAGGUGGGCUUGAAAAUGAGGGAGUGGUGGCAGUUUAGAAAUCAUGUCCUGAUUUUUUUGCUUUUGCCAGCUCCCACUCUAGUUUUGAAUGUUUUGCCAUUCAUUCCUAUAGGACCAGUUUCACCACAAGAAUGACAAUAUUCCGUGAACCAUUCGGCGAAACGUUCCACAAAGUAAUAGCAAUCCGAUCGGGAACAAUCCACACGUUUUGGUAUAUUUCUGUCUAUGUAGUGUAAAAACUGUGGGAGGAGUUAGGGUGGUAAAUUUGGCUAUAAUAAUAAUAUAUAUGAGAUAAUAGUAAGUGGUCUUGCUAUGCAAGAACACUUAAUAAUCCAAACAAAAGCUUUAGGAAUGUCUUCUGUCUGUUACUGUGAAAGCAUGGAAGAAUUGCUCAUCUUCUACUUACAGUAUUAGUCUAACAUAUAUUUAUCCUUUACUUAUUAGUAUAACGGGGGAUUCUGUAAGGCUUUAUUACUUUUUAUUUGUUCCUUAACAAACUCUGAAAUCUUACAUUAUUUGUUUUUUGUCUCCACAGAAUAUGUCAAUGCCAGAGAAGAAGCAACCGAUUUGAAAUCUGUAACUGACAGAGCAGCUCAGACCUUGCUGUGGACAGAGCUAUUUAGAGGUAAUUUAGGACAUGGCUUAUGUGUUGUAGCUUCUCUUCUUUCUUACAAAAAUACCUAGAUGUUUUUUUUUUGUUUGUUUAAAUAUGUCUGUGAGGGCAAUGUUAUACAAAAAAAACACAACUGUAAAAAAUGUGAAAAAAAAUCCAGAAAAGUUGGUGAAUAUAUAUAUAUAUAUAUAUAUAUAUAUAUGCCUCAGAAGCCCAUAAAGUGCAAAUUUUCACACAUCUGUUUCUGCUAUUGAUCCAAAAGUAGCUGUGCCCCCUAAAAAGGUAAAAUCAUUUUUGAAACUAAAAUUAUAUGACCGAUUUAGACCUGAGGAAGAAAGGAAAACUCUUAAAAGCUUGUCUUUCAAGUAUUCAAUUAAAAAAAGUAUCUGUGCACACUGCAAUAUUCUGGUAUCUUUUUUAAUAUGGUUUGUCAAGAUUAUUACUGAGCACAAAUGAAAUGGCUCCUGUGGAGAAUUUCAUGUUUUGACUGUUUUAAAUUAUUUUUUUUACAGUUCCAUAAUAUCUGUCUUUAACCCUUUAACAAAGUCGGCUUAUGUGCCAUCAGGGUGGCAUAUACUUACCUUCGCCAGCAACCUGCGUUGAUUUUGGAGGGGGGGGCAUCGCAAUCACAUAGCCACAGUAGCCGGCUUUCGAACUACCUGGGUUGUCAGUCAAUCCCCCAGAGCUGAAAAUAAAGGGCAGAAGAGUGCAAAAAAAAAUAAUAAUUAUGAUCGAUAUAAUCUCAAAAUACAUGUUGAAUUCAAUUUUGUAUAUAUUUUAAUUCUACGUGUAUAAUUAUGUAUACAUUUUUACAUAAUUAUGUGAUUUUUAUUAAUUACAAUUUGAUGGAACUGCCUGACAACCCAGGCAGAAAGUCAACAGAAUUUAAUUGAAAGCUCUUAUUUAACCCUGUAAAUUUCCAUAACUCCAUACACCUGUACUCAUGAGACAUCACUGAACACAAAAAAUAGUGUUUUAGAGAAGUAAAAUGUAUAAUGCUAGUGAUGGAAUCUGUGAGAGGGCAGUUUUUCUGUGAAAACUGCAAAAAUAAAACCAACAAAUAUGAACACUAACUGGCCAGGUAAGUGGCUACUAAAAAAGACUGGACAUACACCAUUUUGGAUAUCCUGGGUUGCCUACUUUUGCAAAUUGUAUGCCAUGAUGAAGUUCAUUUUCAUUCCUCGGCUGCCAUACAGUCCAAAGGUAACGUAGGCCCAGCCAACCAAUCUGGCAAAUUUCUAUGUGUAUAAACUGAAAAUGGGCAAGCCCUAUAUUUGACCCUGAAACGUUACAAAAUCCCAUAAAACCUGUACAUGUGGGUACUGUUGUACUUGUGAGAUCUCACUGAACACAAAUAUGUGUAUUUUAAACUAACAGUAUUAUGACAUUCACAGUUAGAAUGUCAUACAGAACUUGAAAAAUAAAAUUUCUUAAUUUCUCAAACUUUUUUGAUUUUAUUCAUAUUAAAUUGUUUCAAAUCUAAAUAUUUCAUGUGAUAUGAAAGCCCUUUUCCUCCUGAACAAACAGUGAAGUGUACCUACACUUAUUAUAUAUGAAAUAGGUAAACUAUGGCUGAUUAACAGACCUAUAGCUCAAAUUCCAGCUCAGAAUGUGUACAAUUUCCUCUGUCAUUGAGGGAUUAAAACAAAUUUUUACAAACAAAUUUACAUUUAGGGUAUUACAUUUUUAUUUAUGUAGAAGCAAAAAUGUUUUCAUAUUGGGAAUUAAUACCACCUUUACUGGUAGUAUCACCUUAAAGGGUUACUCUAACUCUUCUUACAUGACUUUUCUAUAAACAAAUAAUGCAUGAAUUAUUUUUUUAGGGCCCUCACCUCCCACCCUCUCCAUAUCAUAGCUAAAAUAACUAAAAAAAGGAAAAGAAAGUUUAACUUGCCUGAAAUCCAGCACAUGUCAGAACUCAUGGCAAUGCUCAGAACGCCCCCCAUCUGACAUCACAGCAGAUGUUGCAAGUUACAAUUAUAGGAUUCGCUUGACAGUAGAUGGAGGUACCUUUUUUUUUUUUUUAAAUUAUAAGAAUAAUUACUUGGGCAGUAUAGGGAGACUGGAGAGCUGCAGUGAAGGGGGUGGGUGGCAGGCAUAAGCCUGCAAGGGGAAUGUCUGGGAUUGACGGUUGCCAGUAUGCAAUGUGCGCUGAUGACAGAUGUAAAUUUUGCACAGAAUUGAUAUUUGACAGAAUAGAGUUCCAGAAUUUCAAAGUAUGUGUGCCAUGGGUAUAACUAACAUCUGGCACAAAAUUGCAAAUAUUUCUGUAUGUGCUGUGUUUAAAGCAGAAGCACAGCACAUGCAGAAGUGGUCAUGGAUGUUGAGUAAUCCUUUAACCUUUACAUCUUUGUGGGGUUUGUUUUGUUUUUUUUUUGUGUGUAAACAGUAUUUCACAAGAUAUGCACUAACAAUACAACGCGUAUGGUAUAAAUACAUGCAGUAAAGCCGAUGGAAAAUGACAAAACCAUGCAGGUUGUGCUUAUUAAAGGAUCAUGUUAGUCAUAAAACUAGGGUGGUUAUGCUUAUGUGACACUGGGUCAUAAAAUAAAAUAACGGAGAGGAGAGAGAAACAACAAAUGUAGUAAUAAGAGCCUAUUUAAUGCUUAUAGAACAGAUUAUGUAACCACCGGGUCUCUAAACCGAAAGGUAUAGAGCACAGGCAAAAAAUAACAAAAGGCUCACAAUUUAAACAAAGCUCUCAACAUAAGCUAGUGCCAGUGUUAUUGUCCCCACUCCCUGUUAUCAGACAGUGUAGAUUGUGCUUGAUGCCCUGCUGUCGGUUGUAGCUUCAAAUGCUAUGCCUCAGCUCUGCAUGUUUUUGUCCUCAGGCAUGAUGGGAGCCACCACCUUAUGUCCCUUUCUUGGAUGGCAGGAUCUUGGGCCCGCAGGUUCUCUGGGAUUGUGCCUUCCCUCUGGGUAACUCCAUGGGGGCCCCCACCCUUGGAGAGAAACAUGUAUCUGAUGGGAUUACUGCUCUGCAGAAUGCUUGGGUUCACACUUAAGUUGUUCUAGAUCAGGCAUAGGGAACCUUCAGCACUCCAGAUGUUUUGGACUACACCUCCCAUAAUGCUUUGCCAGCAUUAUGGAUGUAAGAGCAUUGUGGGGGAUGUAGUCCACAUCUGGAGUGCCGACGGUUGCCUAUACCUGUUCUGGAUGGUAGCCAGUGUAAUAGCAUUAAAUUAUACAUACAUAAAACAAGUGGAGCUUUUAAAUAUCAGCAGGCUUUCUGUGAAAAUAAAAUACAAACAGAAAAUAGUGCAAUAUGUCUGUAACACACUAUAUCGAAAAUAGAUUGGAAGAUAUGUCAAACUCACAAGCCUGGAGUCAUACACUCAUAUGACUCUGGUGGUAUAAGCUUCUGGACCAUUUGGGGGUUGUCCAGACCCUUCUUUGGCAGCGUGUUAGAUGUUGAGUGGUUCCUUUUGUACCCUUCCAACUGGUUUCAAAAAAUAGGGAUAAAUACCCAGUGUGUCAGGGUUCUUUAAAAAACAAUUUAUUCCAAAAAAUUGUACAAACAAGAUAUAUAUAGUAAAAAAGAAUACUUAUCCCAGAUAGUACUGGGUAGACUUAAUAGUCCCAAGUUCAAAGUGAUAGUCCAAAACGCGUUUCGCCUUUUCAUAAGGCUUCCUCAGUUGGCUGUUCUAUUUUCCGUCUGUUCUAGUGGCUUUUUAAAUGCCUCGUUUGCCGGUUUCACUAAUUCCGUCUUUUACUUCCGGGUUUCGUCACUUCCGGUUUGCGUCUUUUUGGAACGCACCGUGCGUUCCAACAUCAGUUUCGUCAUCGGACUUCCUUGUGUGUAUAAUUCAACCAGCUUUAUUGGCAUAAGGAAGUGUCCCAUGCAUGCGAAAUGUUUACAUAGGGACCACUAAGCAGAAAAGAGUGCAUGUCUGCAUAAAGUUCGUGCAGUGUGGGCUCAUACAUAUAAAAAGUGAAUGGUAAAAGGUGAUUCUUAGUAUUAUACAGUAAGUGAACAAUCUGGAUAGACUAAAAGUUAAAUACAUAAAAAAGGGGAGGUAAAAACAUAAUGGAUACUAAAAUCCUCAUAAAAGAAGAGUAUACUAAAAAUGCAUAUUAAUUCAUAAAGUGGCAUAAUUCAAAAUCUUUGUUUAAUCCAUACGGUAUCAUGGUAUUAAAAUUAAAAAUAAAUUUCAUUUCUUCCUUCCCUAUCUUCCUAAUAUAGUCCCUGGACUAGGGAAUGCUACGGACCUAAACUCCUUCAUCUCCUAUCUAAAUGCCAAUGAAUGGAACUUAAUUCUGACUGCACAGAUCAACACACAACACAUUAAUUUCUUAGAUCUAGAUAUCCACAUAACAGACAUGAAGAUUGCAACCAGAAAUUAUUUUAAAGAAGUUGAUGCAAAUGGCUACAUUCGCAAAGAAAGUUGCCACCACUCUCCUUGGUUAACCAAUGCACCCAGAGGACAGUUCCUAAGAAUUAGGAGGAACUGUUCGAGUGACCAAGAUUACUUAAGACAAGCUAAUAAGAUCAAAAUUCAAUUUUUACAUAAAGGCUACGAGGAAUCUUCAUUACAGGCAGCCUUAGAAAAUGUUUUACAAAUACCGAGAAAGGAACUUCUGGUAUACAAAAACAAAAAGAAAGACUCUAAAUGGAGUAACAAUAACAUUCCUUUCAUAUGUAAUUUUAACGGCAACAACAAGAAAAUUAACAAAAUUAUAAACAAGCAUUGGCAUAUCCUACGAGAUGAUCCAGUUCUCAAAAAUAUUCUGCCCGACAAACCAAAAAUAAUUUUUAGGGGAGCCAAGAAUCUUAAAAAUUCCCUAGUACAAAGUUGCAAUAGAGAAACAAAAAUAAAGAAAAAUUUAUUUUCAAUCGACAAAGGAUUCUAUGGAUGCGGACAAUGUCUAGCAUGCAAGAAUACUAAGAACAAAAAAAGACAUAUAACAGAUCUAGAACCCUUUAUCAAUAGGAAAUUCACAAUAAAAGAUCACCUUACCUGCCACUCCAAAGGAGUAAUUUACGUUCUAAAAUGUCCUUGCAACCUCCUUUACAUAGGUCGCACAAUUCGAAGCCUUAACAUUAGAGUGGCGGAACAUAUAAGAAACAUCAAAAAUGGAGUGGAGUCACACAGUGUCUCCAAUCACUUCAGAAUUGCACACCAAAAAAACCCUGGAGGAAUGUUUUUUAGUGCAAUUAAGCAAGUAGCAAAAGAUUGGAGAGGAGGGGACUAUAUUAGGAAGAUAGGGAAGGAAGAAAUGAAAUUUAUUUUUAAUUUUAAUACCAUGAUACCGUAUGGAUUAAACAAAGAUUUUGAAUUAUGCCACUUUAUGAAUUAAUAUGCAUUUUUAGUAUACUCUUCUUUUAUGAGGAUUUUAGUAUCCAUUAUGUUUUUACCUCCCCUUUUUUAUGUAUUUAACUUUUAGUCUAUCCAGAUUGUUCACUUACUGUAUAAUACUAAGAAUCACCUUUUACCAUUCACUUUUAUUAUUAUAUUAUAUGUAUGAGCCCACACUGCACGAACUUUAUGCAGACAUGCACUCUUUUCUGCUUAGUGGUCCCUAUGUAAACAUUUCGCAUGCAUGGGACACUUCGUUAUGCCAAUAAAGCUUGUUGAAUUAUACACACAAGGAAGUCCGAUGACGAAACUGAUGUUGGAACGCACGGUGCGUUCCAAAAAGACGCAAACCGGAAGUGACGAAACCCGGAAGUAAAAGACGGAAUUAGUGAAACCGGCAAACGAGGCAUUUAAAAAGCCACUAGAACAGACGGAAAAUAGAACAGCCAACUGAGGAAGCCUUAUGAAAAGGCGAAACGCGUUUUGGACUAUCACUUUGAACUUGGGACUAUUAAGUCUACCCAGUACUAUCUGGGAUAAGUAUUCUUUUUUACUAUAUAUAUCUUGUUUGUACAAUUUUUUGGAAUAAAUUGUUUUUUAAAGAACCCUGACACACUGGGUAUUUAUCCCUAUUUUGAAACAAGUUGGAAGGGCACAAAAGGAACCAAUCAACAUUUAACACGCUGCCAAAGAAGGGUCUGGACAACCCCCAAAUGGUCCAGAAGCUUAUACCACCAGAGUCAUAUGAGGGUAUGACUCCAGGCUUGUGAGUUUGACAUAUCUUCCAAUCUAUUUUCGAUAUAGUGUGUUACAGACAUAUUGCACUAUUUUCUGUUUGUAUUUUAUUUUCACAGAAAGCCUGCUGAUAUUUAAAAGCUCCACUUGUUUUAUGUAUGUAUAAUUCUAUGUUUUAAGUGGUGUAGGGGAUACCACUUUACAGGUGUAUUUUGAGCUAGUGCAUUACAUUCACUUCCACGUUGUGCAUACUUUUUAUUGUAUAAUAGCAUUAAAUGCUUGAUAUUAGCUCUGUUUGUCAGGAGCUGCAGAGGAACUCGUCCACGUUUUUUUGUUUGUUUUUUCUUUCCACAAUAAUGUAUAUUAAAGGCUAUAGGAAAAUCCAUGUAAAGUGCAUUAACUUUGACAAUCUGAUCUAUAUAGUUCUACUGACAUUAAAAUCCAAUUUGGUUAAAGAAACCCUUUUAGAAUUUGUGCUGCUUUUGGAAUGUGGAAGCAGACCACAAUCUCCUAGUUGUAACGAGAAUAUACCCCUACACGCAGGAUCCAGCUAAACAGAGGCAAAUACAGAGGAGAGAUACGUCUACCGGACCUUAGAAUGGCCGGACUUGACGUAUAUGAGAGAAGACAGAGCCAGGAACAAACCGAGGUCAAGGGCACAGAGAGACAGCGUAAACUAGGACAAGCCGGGGUCUGGUACACGGAAAACAGCAAGCCGGCAAACAGUACAGAUAAGGAUAAAGCGAAAACGAAGUCAGAAUACGAAGCCAAAGUCAAUACGAAAAAACACAACUGAACACCACAAGCGCUAAAGGGAACUGAAACAGAAACCACGAUAGGGCAAGGAACAAAGGGAAGAAGGUGAGUAUAAAUACCUAAACAUCUAAUUUGAUUGGUCCCUGUCACAUCCACGCCCCCAAAAGGUAAGUGUAUGGGGAGUGUGGUAUGACAGGGACCAAUGGGAUGCCUUUUCCAAUUUAGGCACCCACUGUCCCUUUAAGAGCGCGCCCGAGACUCGCGGCGCGCUCUUAGUUUCAGGCGGGACACGUGACCGCCUCACGCGGUCACUGCCCGCCCUCCAUCCGAAGUAGUUGGAUGAGCCGCGCGCGGCUCGUGCAGCCGCAGGACCGCGCGCGGCUUGAAGAGAGGACCGCGACCGGCCCCCGGUUAAGGUAAGUAACGCUACAGUACCCCCCCCUGAGGACACGCCCCCCGGGCGGGUAGGACCAGGCCUGGCAGGAAAACGUGAAUGGAAAGAGCGCACAAGACAGGGAGCAUGGACAGCAUCGGCCGAAAUCCAACUGUGCUCCUCAGGCCCAUAACCCUUCCAAUGUACCAAGUAUUGAAGUCGACCCCUAAGGAAACGAGAGUCAAGAACAGCAGACACUUCAAACUCCUCAUGACCCUCUACCGAGAUAGGAGGGGGAGGAGGAGUAUGCCGGGUAUAGCGGUUGCGUACGAAAGGUUUCAACAAUGAGGUGUGAAAAACAUUAGGAAUACGUAGAUUCUUAGGCAGGCCUAAGGCAUAAGAAACAGGAUUAACCUUAUGUAUAAUACGAUAAGGUCCAAUGAAGCGGGGAGCCAAUUUCAUAGAAGGCACCCGGAGACGAAUAUUCCGCGUGGAAAGCAAAACCCUGUCCCCCACAACAUAGGACGGAGCUGCUCUGCGAUGCUUGUCAGCCUGAGCCUUCUGGCGAGUAGCAGAGUCCACCAAAGAACGCUGAACCUGCUCCCAAGUAUUACGCAAACCAGCCAAAUGCUCAUCCAGAACUGGCAUGCCCCGUGAGGAGAAUGCAGCCGGAAGAACAACGGGAUGCAGGCCAUAGACAACGUAAAAAGGGCUCUUGCCGGAAGAAUCAUGAGUGGCGUUAUUCCGAGCAAAUUCAGCCCAAGGAAGCAGGUCAGACCAAUUGUCCUGAUGGUGAGACACAAAACAACGGAGGUAUUGCUCCAGAGACUGGUUGGCACGUUCAGCAGCCCCAUUACACUGGGGAUGAUAAGCGGAAGAAAAUGAGAGAGAAAUACCCAUUUCUGAACAAAAGGCCCUCCAGAACCUGGAAAUAAAUUGGCUACCCCUAUCGGAUACAAUAGAUACGGGAAUCCCAUGUAAUCGAAAUACUUCUCUAGCGAAGAUAUGAGCCAGUUCCUUGGAUGUGGGCAACUUGUGAAGAGACACGAAGUGAGCCAUUUUGGAGAACCGAUCCACUAUCAUCAGGAUUACUGUGUUACCAUUUGAAGGGGGUAAUUCAACAAUAAAAUCCAUGGACAGGUUAGACCAAGGUCUCUCGGGAACGGGUAACGGAUGCAACAGUCCACAAGGAACUCUACGGGAGGAUUUCAUACAGGCACAAGUAGUACAAGCACUUAUAUAGUCAGUGACAUCCUUUCGUAAGGAAUCCCACCAAAAAUACCGAGAAACAGCUGACACCGUUUUGGAAAUACCAGGAUGUCCAGCGGUCUUAGUAUCAUGAUAUAAUGACAUAAUAUCCCGCCUCUCAGGAACAUCAACGAACAGUUUAUCAUUAGGCCUCUCGCUAGGUGCCAUGCUUUGUUUCGCUUGUAUGGCCUGCAAGAGGGACGAGGAAAUAGACAAAAUAGUAGUAGCUAUUAUCCUGUCUGGGGGAAUGACAGGAGUAGCAUCAAUCUCCUGUUUGUCAGUAGUUUCGAACUGUCUGGACAGAGCGUCUGCUUUAGUGUUGCGAUCACCUGGCCUAUAGGUGAUAAUAAAAUUGAAACGAGACAAAAAUAGUGACCACCUAGCCUGCCUGGAAGACAAUCUUUUGGCUUCGCUAAGAUAGGAUAGGUUCUUGUGAUCCGUAAAAAUGAGGAUAGGAUCCUUAGUUCCUUCUAACAAAUGUCUCCACUCUUUAAGUGCUAAAAUAAUAGCAAGGAGUUCGCGAUUACCCACAUCAUAAUUUUUCUCUGCUUUGGACAUUUGUUUAGAAAAGAAGCCGCAUGGAUGCAAUGGCUUCUCAGGCGACUCUCUUUGGGAUAAGACAGCACCUACCCCAAUAUCCGAAGCAUCAACUUCAAGAAUAUAGGGCAGUGAGGGGACAGGAUGCUGUAAAAUAGGUGCAGAGGCGAACGUAGUUUUAAGAAAUUCAAAAGCCUGAAGUGCCUCGGUAGACCAAACACGAGUAUUGCCAUCCUUUUUAGUCAUACGAGUGAUAGGUGCUACAAUGGACGAGAAACCUUUGAUAAAACGCCUAUAAUAAUUGGAGAACCCAAGAAAACGCUGAAUAGCUUUCAGACCUUGCGGUAGAGGCCAUUCUAUUACAGCAGCUAGCUUCUGGGGAUCCAUACGAAAACCUUUAGCGGAAAUCAAAUACCCCAAGAACUGGACUUUGGUUUGGUCAAACAGACAUUUUUCUAGCUUGCAAUAAAGACCAUUAGCAAGAAGGGUCUUCAAAACUGUCGUAACAUGUCUGUGAUGAGUGUGUAUAUCUGCAGAAUAUAUUAAAAUGUCGUCCAAGUAUACGAUAACAAAUGUGUGAAUAAAAUCUCUCAAUACAUCAUUAAUAAAUUCUUGGAAUACUGCUGGGGCAUUGCAAAGCCCAAAUGGCAUAACAGUGUAUUCGUAAUGACCGGAUCUAGUGUUGAAUGCAGUCUUCCAUUCGUGAUUUUCCUUUAUACGUAUCAAAUUGUAUGCAUUCCUAAGGUCUAAUUUAGUGAACACAGUGGCAUGUUUCAGCCUGUCAAAUAAUUCUGUAAUCAAAGGUAUAGGGUAUGCAUUUUUGAUAGUGAUUUUGUUUAGACCUCUAUAAUCUAUACACGGUCUUAAAUCACCUUCUUUCUUCGAUACAAAGAAGAACCCUGCUCCAGCUGGAGAAGAGGAUCUCCUAAUAAACCCUUUUUCUAAUGAUUCCUUGAUGUACUCCUCCAUGACACGGUUUUCUUGAACCGAUAAUGGGUACACCCUGCCCUUUGGAGGUAUAGUGCCAGGCAACAAGUCAAUAGCGCAAUCAUAGGGUCUGUGAGGCGGUAAUUUCUCAGCCUCCCUUUUAUCGAAAACAGUCUUUAGAGAUAAAUACUGAGGGGGUAUAACCAUAGACAAAGGAGGACUGGUAGGUACCUCAAUAGAAUUCAAAGGUGUGACUUCCAACGUACAAGACUCGUGGCAGGCCUUACUCCAUGAUUUUAUUUGCCCUGUCUCCCAGUCAAAAAUAGGAUUGUGAGCACGUAACCAUGGAUACCCUAAUACUAACUGUGAAGAGGGAGAGGUGAUAACCUGGAAUCGAAUGGUUUCGUAGUGUAAAACCCCUGUGUACAUGUGUAGUGGUUCAGUCUCAUGAGUAACAACUGGAGAACUUAAUAGUCAACCAUCUAUGGCCUCAACGGCCAAGGGUAUCUCCUUCUCUCUGAUGGGAAUGUUGUUUCUCUUUAUAAAGCCAGAGUCUAUAAAAUUUUCAGCUGCCCCAGAGUCAACCAGAGCAUAUAUGUUGUCAACUAUACAAAUCUCUCCCAUAUAUAAAGAAACCGGGAGAAGCAAGCGGUUAGGAGGCAAUUUAGGAGACUUAGAUAUCACACCCAAGGCCAGUCCCCUAUAAGGUCUUAGGUGCGAGAGUUUUCCGGGAGUAAAGGACAUUCCUUUACCAUAUGGUCUCUCCUACCACAGUAUAGGCAGAGUCCCUCCCUUCUCCUAUGUAAUUUCUCAGUAUCAGAGAGUUUGUCAACCCCUAAUUGCAUAGGUUCCUCCUCAGACACUUUAACACUCUCUGGUAUAUUAACUCUGGGGUUAAUGGGUGUAACAAAACAUCUAUUCCUGUUCUUGGUAUAGAGCCUGUCACGAAUUCUAUUAUCAAUAUCAAUGAGGUAAUCGAUAAGGUCCUCUAAGGCAAUAGGAAGCUCCUUAGCUGCUACCUCAUCCAAUAUCGUAUCUGACAAACCUUCCAUAAAGGCAGUAGUUAACCCAUUGUUGGUCCAAUCUACCUGCGAAGCAAGAGUGCGAAACUGAAUAGCAUAAUCAGCCACAGACCUAGAACCCUGUUUAAUUCUCAUUAAUGCUCUCGCGGCAUUCUUUGACCUUUUCAUUGUGUCAAAAGUUCUACGAAAAGCCGUAAGAAAACUGUUGAAAUCAUGUACCAUAGGCCCAUUAGCUUCCCAAAUAGGAUUUGCCCACUCAAGUGCCUUAUCGGUAAGUUGGUGCAUAAAGAACCCAACCUUAGACCUCUCUGUGGGAAAUGAACGAGGAUACAUUUCAAAGUGAAAUUCAAUCUGAUUAAUAAACCCUCUGCAAGUCUUAGAGUCCCCUCCAUACCUAGGAGGAGGUGUUAAAUGGGCCGAAGUAUUAGGCAAAGUAGAUACUUCAGGGAGAAGGGGCGUAGGAGGGUUAGGUGUAGUUGCGGGAACGGUUCUAGCUAGGAGCGUCUGGAGAGCCUGAGCUAUUUGAUCCAUACGGUGAUCCUGCUCUACAAAUCUUGCCUCAUGGGACGCCAUCUGUUGAGCUAAAUCUGCGGGGUCCAUGGCCCUAUCGUAAUGUAACGAGAAUAUACCCCUACACGCAGGAUCCAGCUAAACAGAGGCAAAUACAGAGGAGAGAUACGUCUACCGGACCUUAGAAUGGCCGGACUUGACGUAUAUGAGAGAAGACAGAGCCAGGAACAAACCGAGGUCAAGGGCACAGAGAGACAGCGUAAACUAGGACAAGCCGGGGUCUGGUACACGGAAAACAGCAAGCCGGCAAACAGUACAGAUAAGGAUAAAGCGAAAACGAAGUCAGAAUACGAAGCCAAAGUCAAUACGAGAAAACACAACUGAACACCACAAGCGCUAAAGGGAACUGAAACAGAAACCACGAUAGGGCAAGGAACAAAGGGAAGAAGGUGAGUAUAAAUACCAAAACAUCUAAUUUGAUUGGUCCCUGUCACAUCCACGCCCCCAAAAGGUAAGUGUAUGGGGAGUGUGGCAUGACAGGGACCAAUGGGAUGCCUUUUCCAAUUUAGGCACCCACUGUCCCUUUAAGAGCGCGCCCGAGACUCGCGGCGCGCUCUUAGUUUCAGGCGGGACAUGUGACCGCCUCACGCGGUCACUGCCCGCCCUCCAUCCGAAGUAGUUGGAUGAGCCGCGCGCGGCUCGUGCAGCCGCAGGACCGCGCGCGGCUUGAAGAGAGGACCGCGACCGGCCCCCGGUUAAGGUAAGUAACGCUACACUAGUGUACAGAGUUUUGGGUGGUGGAAUCUGAACCAGACUUUUACAGACUUGUCUAAAGCUGCUUCUGAUCCUUGUAACCUGCACUCCUUUUACUUUUUAGAUCAGCAGCUAGUCUGCUUUUCUCAUCUGUUUCUAUCUUCAUCAACCCAGGUCUAGGAAUGACUCUCAGUUACAUGUUCAGGGAGCCAGCAACCAUCAAUUAUCCAUUUGAGAAAGGUCCUCUCAGCCCACGGUUUCGUGGAGAGCAUGCAUUACGCAGGUAUCCAUCUGGAGAAGAACGCUGUAUCGCCUGCAAGCUAUGUGAAGCUGUCUGCCCUGCACAGGUAGGUUAGAGACACUUUGUUUGACAUCAUUUUUUUUUUUUUUUUUUUCUUGUAAUGAAUGGUGAUGCUUAACAGUCUCUCACUGCAGGCUAUCACAAUAGAGGCAGAACCCCGAGCUGAUGGGAGUCGUCGGACCACAAGAUAUGACAUUGAUAUGACCAAAUGUAUCUAUUGUGGCUUCUGUCAAGAGGCUUGUCCUGUAGAUGCUAUUGUAGAGGUAUGGUUAUCUUGGAUAUUUGCUGCAGAGUCUUUCGUUGGCUAGAGACAAAACAAAAUAAUUUAAUGGAAGGGAAAAUGUUAAAAUUGUAUAGUAAUGGCAAAAGUAGUCUAUAUAUUUUCAGUGUGUGUGUGUGUGUGUGUGUGUGUGUGUUUUUUUAACCUGUUAAGGUAAAUGUGCGUCUGGGGGCCUGCUGGCAUAAUAACUUCAUUUAGUUUAAGUUAUUAUGGUGACCAGAAUGUCUAAAGAGCAAGAGCAUUGUCUGACUACAACAGACAAUAAGAUUAAUGUUCAGUUUUGUGUAGAAAAAAACAAAUGAACACAAGAACAAAAAGAAAACUCAUACAACGGAUAACUUAAAAUAUAAAGAGGUAGAGUUGAGAGGGACCAUGGGGGGGGAGGGGAGUGGUUAAGGGUUAAGAGUAUAAACCUAAAGUUUUUUUCCUUUAUCGGGUAGCUCAACAGCACAUGAUAUAUAAGCCUAUAAACAUAUAAUGGCAUUGAUUGACUGGCCUGUAAACCUAUUGUGGCUCUGACUCAUUAUGCAUAUGCACAGUAAACUGGGCUGCUGUUGAUGUUUUGGUAUUCAUAAGGUUCUAUAAAACACUUAAAGGACCACUAUAGUGCCAGGAAAACAUACUCGUUUUCCUGGCUCUAUAGGGUCUUUAGGUCCCCCCUCCCGCCGGGCUCUCGGGGGUGGAAGGGGUAAAUUUACCUCUUUUUCCAGCGCCGGGCGGGGGACUCUCCUCCUCCUUCUCGUUGACAUUUGCUAAAUGCGCAUGCGCAGCAGGAGCCGCGCACGCAUUCAGCCAGUCCAUAGUAAAGUAUUCUCAAUGCUUUUCUAUGUACACUGGCGUCUUCUCACUGUGAAAAUCACAGUGAGAAGCGCGGAAGCACCUCCAGCGGCUGUCAAUGAGACAGCCACUGGAGGCUGGAUUAACCCUAUUAUAAACAUAGCAGUUUCUCUGAAACUGCUAUGUUUAUAGAACAAAGGAUUAAUCCUAGCUGGACCUGGCACCCAGACCACUUAAUUAAGCUGAAGUGGUCUGGGUGCCUAUAGUGGUCCUUUAAUGUUUACAAUGUGAUCCUCCAGAUUAUCCUUGGGUUUGAGGGUAGUCCCACAAUUCACCAACCCUCUUUGUUACCCUAUUUCCACAUCCUGCUUGAACAUCAUAAUUUUAUAGUUUAAAGAUAGCAGUGUCUCUAUAUCUGUGCCUGUGGCUACUGUAGUUGAUUUCCAGUUUCUGGCAAUUCGUAUGUUGGCAGCUAUCAGGAUGAGGAAUUUAAUCUUCAAGAAAUCUUUUAGAUAAGGGUUUAGGUAGCAUAAACGGAAAAUAAGACUUAACAUUAGGAUGUAGGUGUAUUCCUGUAACUAUACUAAUGUAGUGUGCACUCACUGAUCCUUCCCAUGGUCUCCCUAGUGUGCCCUUUUAUAUCCUUCACUAAAACCUCUUCUGUGUGACCUUGUCUACAUGCAAGUGUUCUCUCUUAUAGCUUCUCCAGGGUACUCCUCCCGGUGAGCUCUGUUAUUCCAAGUGUGCUAUGUACUAAACCAAUAUAGUGCCCCAUUACAACACUCUGCUUUCUCCAUUCUCCCCAGUGUGCCAUGUUUACCCUCUGGUGUGCCUUCUUAUACCAUUCAAUAUUUCCUUUUAUAUAUUCCUAUCCACUGAUGCGAAAAUGGGCUAGGUGGGCAACAUAGGCAUAACCCAAGUUUUUAACAAAAAAAAUUAGAUAAUCUCAAAAAGGAAUGAGACUAAAUGCCAAACUGUUACCACCAAAAAAAAAAUUAUAAUUUUUUUGGCAGUACUAACCUAACAAAAAAUCUUUUUUAAAUUACACUACGCGACACUCAACCAAAGAAACAAACAAUGUGUUUUAAAUAGAGCAUAAAGCACCCUGCCAUGUAUGUGUCAUAGAAAGAUAUUUACAAAUUUGUUCUUACUUAGUAUUUUUUUCCCACCAGCCCAGGUGCAGGAUAGCAUAAAAUGGGGCACAAUCCGUCCCCAUCGCAGUUCCCCUUACCUGGUAGUAACAUUUCUUGUUGAAUAAAAAGUAAUUGUGUGACAGGAUAAAUUCCAGUAGCCUUAUUGGGAAGUUCAUAUGUGAUCAUACCCUCUUCUAUCCAAGAAAGAUAUUUUAUAUGCUUAAUGUCACUAUCGUGCGGGAUGGAGGAAUAAAAUGACUCCUCAUCCAGGCUUCAGAGACUUGCAGACGGAAGCACUGUUAGGUCUAAGACGAGAGCGAGCUCCUUUGGUGUCCUGGAUGUAUGAGGGUAAUCCCUUUACAAAGGGUCUCAAUAUCCAAUCAAUGUAGACAUUACCUAUCUGUGUACGUCACAAUAGGCCUACUUGUUGAUUAUUAAAUAGCGCCAACAAAUUUUGCAGCGCUUUACAGUGGGUAAAUCCUUAUGAACUUUAGGCAAGCAGUAAAACGUUGCUAUUCUAAAGUGGUGAUUCAUAUCCGUCACCUGAUAGCAACCACUCACUACUUCCCUGGUCAAGAAUCGCCUUCUAUUUUUGAAGAAAUGUAUUUAAUUGUAUAAUUUUUCAAUACAAUUAAAGCCUGUUGCCCUGUUUUUGAAAGGUUACUGUUUGGAGAGAGAGUGGUGUGUUUUUUUUUUUUUUUUUUUUACAGCUUCCAAAAAGAGUUAAACCCCUUCAGGACAGAGACAAUAGUACAUGUUCUGAUCAAAACAAUGUAAACAAAAACUGGAAUAUGCGCUGUAUGUCUGUUCAACUGUAAUUCGCCUCUUUCAUAUUAAGUGCAUCCACACUUAUUAUAUAUCAUUUUAUUCAGGAAAAACAGGGCUUUCCUUUCUCAUGAACUAUUCAUAUAUGAAACAUAAUUUAUUAUGAAUAAAAUAAAACUGAGAAAUUAAGAUUUUUAUUUUUUUAAUUGUAGUUUCGUCUGACAUUUUAGCUGUAAAUGUCAUAAUACAGUUAGCUUUUAAUGCAAUAAAAUUCACAUAUUUGUAUUCAGCCAAGUCUCAUGAGUACAACAGUACCCCCCUUUAACAGGUUUUACGGUGUUUCGGAAAGUUACAGGGUCAGAUAAUAGCACAUUCCAUUUUUCAGUUCUUUCACAUUAAAAUCUGCCACAUUAGUAAUGUUACCUUUUGAGACAGUGUGGUAGCCCAGGAAUGAGAAUUACCCCCACGAUGGCAUACCAUUUGCAAAAGUAAACAACCCAAGGUAUUGCAAGUGGGGGUAUGUCCAGUCUUUUUUUAGUAGCCACUUAGUCACAAACACUGGCCAAAAUUAGCGUUCUUAUUUGUUUUUGAGCGAAAAAAGCAAAAAACUAAUAUUUGGCCCGUGUUUAUGACUAAGUGGCUACUAAAAAGACUGGACAUACCCCACUUGCAAUACCUUGGGUGCCCUACUUUUGCAAAUGGUAUGCCAUCAUGGGGAUAAUUCUCAUUCCUGGGCUACCAUACGGUCUCAAAGGCAACAUUACAAAACUGGCAAAUUUCAAUGUGGAAAAAAAUAAAAUGCAAGACUUCACAAACAUUAGUGUUUUAAAACCGUAAAACUUAUUACAACAAUAAUAUAGUCAGUAAAAGUGCCGUUCAUGUGUGAAAAAUGCAAAAAAAUCACUUUUGCUAAAAAUAUAAUUGUUGUAAUACAAUUUACCAUUUUUAAACACUAAUAUUUGUUUUCAGCAAAGUCUCCCGAGUAAAACAGUACCCCCCAUGUACAGGUUUUAUGGUGUUUACAGGGUUAAAUAUAGUGCUUGCAAAUUAAAUUCUCUGCACUUUCUGCCUGGGUUGUCAGGCAUGUCAAUAAAAUUUAAUUAAUAAAAUCACAUAAUUAUGCUAAAAGAUUACUUAAAUAGACACAUAGAAUUUUAAUAAACGUGUGUGUGUGUGUGUGUGUGUGUGUGUGUGUGUGUGUAUAUAUAUAUAUGUAUAAUAUAUAUAUAUAUAUAUAUAUAUAUAUAUAUAUAUAUAUAUAUAUAACUAUAUAUAUAUAUAUAUAUAUAUAUAUAUAUAUAUAUAUAUAUAUAUAUAUAUAUAUAUAUAUAUAUAUAUAUAUAUAUAUAUAUAGCAUCCAAGUAGAGAGCACUCUGGAGUCUUCGUUUUAUAUCAAAAUAAAUACUGCUUUAUUGUGCAGAAUACAAAAAUGUCAACGUUUCAGUCACAAUAGUCUUGUGUAUAUAUAUUAUACAAAAUGCAGUUAGAAGGAAAUUACAUAUGUGUGUAUAUAUAAUUUAUUUUAAUUUUUUUAGAAUUUUUUUUUAUUAUUGUAAUUAUACAUCUAUUUUUUAAUAUAUAUAUAUAUAUAUCUAUAUCAUUCUAAGUAUAUUUUAAUACUAAUGUAAUAAUAAAAUACACUACGUAUGACGUUACAUAUAUAUUUAUGUGUGUGUGUGUGUGUAUAUGUAACGUCAUAUAUAUUUACUUAAACCUUUUAUAUAUAUAUAUAUUUUUUUUUUACUACCACUUGCAGGGGGACUGUCUGACAAGAAUCCACAAUAGCCAGCUAUAGGGGGCCAUGUGAUCGCUCUUUAAAGCCAAUUAUAAUGGUGGCGGCAUAGAACGCUGUAACGGCGUUAAGGGAUUAAUAUUAUGGAAAUUACUGAAAUGGGGGGUAAAUCGACUUUUAAGUCACUUAAAGUGCGAUUUUGAUAAAUUGAUCAAUCUUAGUUGUGUAAUUUUACUUUUGGUGGUAAUGGUUUAAGAUUUAGUCUCAUUUGUUUUUGAGAUUUUUUUUUUUUUUUAAUUUAUUUGUAAAUUGUUUUACGAAGUCCUUGCAUUAGCUGCACAUCUGACUUGUUCACUCAGGUGGUAGUGACUAGUUAAGGUUGUGUGUUAGGGCUAGCUAUUUGUGACUAAGUAGGUAUGUGAGUUGAUGUCUGUGCAUGUGUAUGACUCACUCAAUGGUUGUGUGUGAGCGUUUAGAGUGCACCUAUGUAUCUGUGCAUGUGUUUUUAUGUGUAUUCCUAAUGGAUAUUUUUAAACCUAGUUACUAGAUUCUAUGGAAUUUUGUGAAGUCUUGUGUUAGUGUAUAUGACUUCCUGUGUUGUUUUAUAGUGAUAAGGGUAUGUCUGAUAUUUAGUUUUUGAUUUACUGCAAUAGUUUUAUUUUUUAUUUAUUUCUCGCUCUUUUGUCUGUAGGGUCCAAACUUUGAAUUCAGCACAGAAACUCACGAGGAACUUCUGUACAACAAAGAAAAACUUCUAAACAAUGGCGACAAAUGGGAAGUUGAGAUUGGAGCAAAUAUACAGGCUGACUUUCUUUAUCGCUAAAUGUUGUGCAUCUCAAUCAAGAGCUAGCAGAGCAGGCUUUGUGUACCACUGGGCACAGUCCAUCUUUCCACAUACUAAAUUUACACAAUAUUUUACACAGAUUACUUAUUAUGGACUGUAUGUUUAACCUGUAGUGCUGCAAGGCAUUCAGUAAAUCCUUUUGCCCAGGGCCUCUGAGAGAGAGAGAGAGAUAGAUGUAGAUGUUGAGUUUGGUUAACUUGCUAUUCUGGCCCCUAAAUUCUAAUAAUCUGAAUACAUACAUCAAUAGCCAACUGAAAGCAUAUAAGUAACCCAAUCUCCACAAAUCAUACACUGUGGCAUGUGUAUUUUGGGUUUUCUAUAGAUUUUUGCAUUGGAGUUGUUUUAGGAUGCUUCUGUUCUGGCAAAAAAUAUUAUUACAUUAAGUAUGCUUUUAUUUAUAGAAGAGAAGCACUGUAUAUCUGUCUCCAUAACUGAUUUGAAGAUGCGUGCAGGUUUUGAUUUCUUUCAAUAAAUCCGAUAUUUGUUUCACUCGUUUGGCACAGAUGAUUCCUCCUUCUCCCCCCAGAAUCAUCAUGCCUGCCACAUUAUCCAUACCGUCCAUCAAGAACAUUGUGUUCCACAUUAAAGCUCAAUUAGACACUUCAUUUAUUCUUCAUCCAACUAUAUGAACAUUUUUAUUAGGGAAGUAGAUAAGCAGAACGGAAUCAUAAAAUGUUUGAUUUAUUAGGGGCCAUUGAAAGCUGUGUGCCAUAGUUUGCAAUGUUCCAACAAAUUGUUUCAGUGAAGAUGAUGAAAACAUUUUGCACAAUUCGGUAUGUUUGCCAAAUCAUUUGACCAAUCGGCAUCUUUGAACAUAUCUGAAUCUAGGUCACAACAGGUUCAGAUCUGGAGGAAAAAUGGUUCUGGCAAAGAGCUUGUUUAAAUAAAGUGUGAAAUUAGUCACCAAGGCCAACAUAGCUGCAAGGCAAUGGAACACAUGACCUGUUUAUUGCAAAGAAUAGAGCAGACCAUAAUUGCCUACCAUUCAAAAAAAUUUUGUUUUCCCUGUAUGUCUCUUUAAUCAAAACUUGUCUAGUGGUUUUUGGGUUCCUUAUUUGUGAUCUGACGGUUUUGCUAUUUUUUUUUUUUUCUUGCACCUUUGUUGCAAGAGGAACUUAGCACGAUCAAGAUGUAUAUACAUAGAGUAGCGAAAAUAGAUUGCCAAUUAACUACCUGAGUGGCAGGAAGUCAUAUAUCGAAAUAACAACAUAACAAAAUCUAUUAAAACACUGAGGUAGACAUAAGGUGAGCAGCACCAUAAGAAUAACUGCCUGAGAGAAUGCGAAACUAAUAUUGCGUGCUGUAAUAAACAAAAUAGCAAAAUUAUAAAGUCAAUAAAUAAAAGCAGCUAGCAGGUUAAUGCCCCACUGAAAACCAGAAAAAGUCCCCAAUUUGCAGUAUACCAGUUAACCCACAGUAAUUCUAAAUAAAAUGUCACUGAAAAUAUCCUAAUCUGUGCCUUCAAGGGUACCUGUCUUUAAAUAAAAAUAAAAUAACUGGCUAACUGUACUGUAAAAUGGCUAGAUAGAAGGAUAGCCCUUGAGAUAGAAUGAUGUAAGUAACAAUUCCACUAAUCUGUGCCUUCGUGGGCACCUAUCGGUACAAAUAACAGAGCUAAACUAGUCUAAUAAGCUGGUAACAAAAUCUAUUAUAAUUAAUCUGAUAAGGUAGUCAGUAGAAAGGUCCUAGGUGUAGCGAUCUAACAAGAUGAUGUACGUGCAAGAUAGCACGAACUAUUUAACACCGAAAUGGACCUAAUGUCAAGAGCCCCCGACGCGCGUUUCGCCGAACACAGGCUCAUCGGGGGAACUGACUCCCCAAACAAGGUGAGUUUAAAUAACCUGCCAAAAGUCCUCAUUGGACCAACCGCAAGUGUGAUGUCAUGAACUAACAUACCGGAAUACGGUGGCUCGGCGCAAUCAAACAAAUGAGAAAUGCGUUUUGAUAAAGGUCCACGAAGUAAGUAAGUUGUGUAGGUUUAUAUAUUGCAUUUCAACAUGGUAGUUAAAGAUUGGUAGUUUAAAUAAGACUGGAUAAUAUGUACUCAUAAUGUUAAGGGUAAUAACGAUAAGAGAUGUGGAUACUAAAGGAUAUAGGGGAACAUAUUAAAAAAAUUUAAUUGCAAAAUGAAAUCAUACAAAUAAAGAAUUUUAAGUCUGACAACCUUUACAUCCCAAUGGAAAACAAGUUACAGAAAAAUAUUACUAGUUUUAGACAACACCUAAAGAUCAAAAAACACAAUAAAUUUCAACGGGACUUUGGAGACUUUAAAAAUGGGGAGACAAAGUAAUUACAGAGGAUCUUCCUCUGGUGAGACUGAUUGGUCAGAUCAAGAUCAACCCUCUAGAUCUAGACGCAGAUCACUAUCUAAUAGGAGUACUGAUCGCAAAAGGGACUUUGUGGCCCAACCUCAUCAGAACAGAAGUAUCCUCAGGAACACUGACAAAUCUGUGUCAUUUUUGGACAUACCAAUUCCCUUAGAAAUUAACAAUCCCUAGACUUUGUCCACCACAUCAUCUGACACUUUUUUAGACGAGGACUCCCCCCCCCCGUCAACAACGGGGGAGACUCAGGGACAGAGAUCGUUGGGCUUGCAAAACACAAGGUCGAACACAGAGGACGUAACUAGCAAUAGAAUUAUUAAUUUGUCAGACUUCCCAUUACAAACACGUCAUAUGACCCUCCUCAGUAGAGGACUCUCUUUUGUACCCCCCCUACUUGCAGCAAAUUCAACUGGUCAAAAGACAUAAAUUUAUUUGGCAGGAAACUCGCUCUAAACAUUAUGCAUGCUAAAAUAGAUCAGCAGCACGCUAAUGAUCUAGGUCUUUCUUCUAAGGAUUAUAAGCUUUCUAAAAUAUUGACAAGUCUUCAGGACGAACAGGACCCGUUAAGACCACUUACCAACUUCAAACCACCAAGUUGUUUUACACCCAAUUUUAAGGACACACCUCAUGUAGAUCUUUUUGUAGAAAUGUCCCUAAAUCAAUUUGAGAUGACUGCCAAUUAUGCCCCCACUACUAACAAUUUGAGUUUUCAGGAGCGUUUAGCACUAAAAGAACGGAAAUCACUUGAUAACAUCAUUAUCAAGCCAGCGGAUAAGGGGGGUAAUAUCGUCCUAUUAAAUAGACAAGAGUACAUCAAUAUGUGCAUGAUCCAUCUGGACGACAAUUCCUGUUACAGAACUCUUCCCUCGGACCCCACUACUAAGUUUAUAAGUGAACUAAACACUCUAUUAGCAGAUGCUAAGACACAUCAGGUCAUAACCCCAGAUGAAUAAAAUUUUCUAUUACCACACCAUAAUCUGACAAUUGCCACAUUUUAUUGUUUAGCAAAAGUACACAAGGAUACCCAACCUCCACCUGGGAGACCCAUUGUGUCUGGUAACAAUUGUUUGACUGAACGCCUUAGCCAAUACAUAGAUAAAAUUUUACAUCCAAUGGUAUUAACGCUACCCUCUUAUCUUCAGGAUACCAAAACAACCUUACAAUUUUUACAAGACAGGACAGUCACUCCUUACACUAUGUUGGCUAGUUUGGAUGUGGUUGCUUUAUACACAAACAUACCCCACCAUAUGGGCCUUCCAGCAUGUAAAUACUUUCUGGAGAAUACUUCUUACAACGAUUCUCAGAAAAGGUUUUUUUAUAGCCGCCCUACAUUUUGUACUGACCCAUAAUUAUUUUACCUUUAAUGGACAGUAUUAUUUACAAAUUUCAUGGACGGCUAUGGGUACUACGUGCGCACCCACAUACGCCAACCUGUUUUUGGGAUGGUGGGAGCAGCAUGUCGUCACAUCAGACAAAUUUAGCCGAUUUCACGGUUAUAUUCUGAGCUUGCAUAGAUAUAUUGACGAUGUGCUGCUCCUCUGGACAGGCUCCGUCCAGAUGUUCGAGGGAUUUGUUCAGGCCCCAAAUGACAAUGAGAUUAAUUUAAAACUUACGCAUGUGAUCGAUGAACACGAACUUGUGUUCCUAGACCUAAAAAUCAUAUUAACACCAGAUGGCACUAUCCAAACCAAAUUAUUUAGGAAAUCCACUUCUACCAACAGUCUCCUUCAUUGGGGUAGCCAUCACCCCUAUAGGUUAAAAGCAUCCAUUCCUUUUAGCCAAUAGCUACGGGCGAGAAGAAACUGUUCCGAAGAGCACACCUAUUACAAAGAAUGUCAACUCUUAAGGUCUAGAUUUAAAGAAUUAGGGUAUCGUAACCGUGUUCUCAAACAGGCUUUUCAAAGGGCCAGUGGCAUCGAUAGACACCUAAGCCUUAUCACAACUAGACCAAAACUGGAUUCAAAGACUCCAAGGUGUAUUGCCACUUUUGAUCAAGGCUGGAACACAAUGUCGCACAUACUUCAUAACAACUGGCCCAUUCUACUUCAUAAUCCAUUUCUUAAAAUUAUUUUACUUAACCAUCCACCUCUUACAGCACGCAGACCCACUAAUCUUCAGGACCUUCUUGUACAUUACUCCUUCAAAGACUGUUCAAUCCACACAAUCCAAAAUCAAUGUAGCCACCAAUGCCUUGGUAAAUUGUAGCACUACACGUGUUAUUUAUGUAAUAACGUGUAGUUGCGGUACCCAAUAUAUUGGUAAAACAUUCCAGCAGUUUCGUAGGAGAAUUUUACAACAUAUUAAUACUAUUAAUAACAUCAUUACUCCUACACCGGUGGCCAGACACAUUAACAAUUUUCAUGAAGGCAAAGUAGAUAAUGUAAGGUUUCAGGCAACAGAAAGGUUAUUGCCUAAUCCAAGAAAAGGUAAAUUCAACAGAAUUUUGUUGCAAAAGGAAUCCAAAUAGAUCUAUCUCUUUAAGACAUUGGUCCCAAGAAUGGGACUCAAUGAAGAGUUUAAUUAUACUGCAUUCAUUCUUUAAUUACAAGCACUUUAGGUUAUUAUAGGUUAUUAUUUUUAUUUGAUUGGCACUUUGUGGCAGUUAUUAUAAUAUAUUUAAUAUAUUAUAUAUAAUAUAUUUGAUUCGGUUUAGUUAAUAUAACAUUUCUAUUAACCCACUCCUACAACUCUAUUUUCACUUAGAUGAUAUUCUCUAACCGCUAUAAUAUGUCACUAACAUGAACUAUUCAUUAAGUACAUCCAUUACACAUUGAGUAAUAUGGAUUUUUGAUCGUCAUUAUCAUCAUAACCUGGUUUGAAACUUAUUUAUUUUGUGGUUACAACCAUCCUAACCUUUAUUGUGGACACCUUGAUUCAUUCCCUUAACAUUAUGAGUACAUAUUAUUCAGUCUUAUUUCAACUACCAAUCUUUAACUACCAUGUUGAAAUGCAAUAUAUAAACCUACACAACUUACUAACUUCAUGGACCUUUAUCAAAACGCAUUUCUCAUUCAUUUGAUUGCGCUGAGCCACCGUAGUCUGGUAUGUUAGUUCAUGACAUCACGGUUGAUCCAAUGAGGACUUUUGGAGGUUUAUUUAAACUCACCUUGUUUGAGGAGUCCGUUCCCCCUGAUGAGCCUGUGUUCGGCAAUACGCGCGUCGGGGCUCUUGACAUUAGGUCCGGUUCGGUGUUAAAUAUUUCGUGCUAUCUUGCACGUACAUCACCUUGUU